ACGGUAGAAGUUCGAUAAACUUCGAAGCCAGGCACCAAUACCAGCAAACAAACACUUCACUGCUCUAGAUCCGCUGAGCAGCGAUGGCGGAGGUCGAGGCCUCCACGACGGCCAGCGGCGGCGACCGGCUCCGGAAGGCCUCCGCCGGCGUGCUGUGUGCUUUCACGCUCCUCCUUAUCGGCGUCCUCGCCUUCUCGAUCCGCCUCUUCUCCGUGGUCAAGUACGAGAGCGUGAUACACGAGUUCGAUCCCUACUUCAACUACCGCGUCACCCAGUUUUUGUCAAAGAGUGGAAUCUAUGAGUUUUGGAACUGGUUUGAUGACCGAACAUGGUACCCCCUUGGACGUGUAAUUGGUGGCACCGUCUAUCCUGGUUUGACACUGACAGCUGGCACAAUGUGGUGGUUGCUAAACUCCGUUAACAUCCCAUUGUCGGUGGAGACCGUCUGCGUGUUCACUGCCCCGAUUUUUUCGGCAAAUGCUUCCUGGGCAACUUAUCUGCUGACAAAGGAAGCAAAGGGUCAUGGGGCUGGUUUAAUGGCUGCAACUAUCUUAGCAAUGGUCCCCUCAUACAUUUCAAGAUCUGUCGCAGGCAGCUACGAUAAUGAAGCUGUAGCCAUAUUUGCUUUAAUAUUUACAUUUUAUCUAUAUGUAAAGACGCUAAACACGGGAUCACUCUUUUAUGCAACGCUUAAUGCUCUCUCCUACUUUUACAUGGUCUGUUCCUGGGGAGGCUACACAUUCAUCAUCAACCUUAUCCCAAUGCAUGUUCUCUUGUGUAUUAUAACUGGUCGUUACUCUUCACGACUUUACAUUGCUUAUGCUCCCUUUGUUGUACUGGGAACACUUCUGGCAGCGUUGGUGCCUGUGGUUGGGUUUAAUGCAGUAUUGACAUCGGAGCACUUUGCAUCAUUUCUGGUGUUUAUAAUCCUCCAUGUGGUUGCUCUAGUAUAUUUCAUCAAAGGACUUUUAACUCCUCGUCUGUUCAAACUGGCCAUGACAUUUGUACUAACAGUUGGUUUAGCCCUUUGUUUCGCGGCAGUAGCGAUACUUGUUGCAUUGGUGGCAUCUAGCCCAACAAAAGGUUGGAGUGGGCGCAGUUUGAGCCUACUUGACCCAACCUACGCAAGCAAGUACAUCCCUAUCAUUGCUAGCGUGAGCGAACAUCAACCACCCACCUGGCCGUCUUACUUUAUGGAUAUCAGUGUGCUAGCCUUCUUAGUUCCUGCUGGGAUCAUAUCAUGCUUCUUACCUUUAUCCGAUGCAAGCUCAUUUUUGGUUCUGUACUUGGUAACUUCAGUGUAUUUCUCUGGGGUAAUGGUACGACUUAUGCUUGUCCUUGCCCCUGCUGCAUGCAUUCUGUCUGGGAUUGCUCUAUCAGAAGCUUUUAACGUCCUCACACGAUCAAUGAAAUUUCAGCGUCCAAGAUCAGAUGAUGGCCUUCCUGCUGCAGAGGAUAUUACUCCAGGGACUUCAAGUACUGCAGCGACUAUCGCUAAAAAUGGGAAUAUAACAAAAGAAAAAACAGAAAAUGUUUCAAAGGGAAGACCAUCGAAGAAGAAUCGGAAGGAGAAAGAAUGGGUGGGCAGUUCUCCUGUUAGGCCUGGCAUGGAGGAGAAACUUUGUGUACUGCCUGCCGAAGCAUCGGCCAUGGGUAUACUGUUCCUCAUCAUACUUUGUGGACUUUAUGUGGUCCACUGUGUAUGGGCAGCUGCAGAAGCAUACUCUGCACCCUCGAUUGUGCUGACAUCUCGUUCACACGAAGGGUUGCAUGUUUUUGAUGAUUUCCGUGAAUCUUAUGCGUGGCUGCGCCAUAACACAGAAGUAGACGAUAAGGUUGCAUCAUGGUGGGACUAUGGUUAUCAGACAACUGCAAUGGCCAACAGGACUGUGAUUGUAGAUAAUAAUACCUGGAAUAACACACACAUAGCGACAGUUGGGACAGCAAUGUCAUCCCCAGAAAAGGCAGCAUGGGAAAUCUUCAAUUCCUUAGAUGUCAAAUAUGUGCUUGUUGUCUUUGGAGGGCUUAUUGGCUACCCAAGCGAUGAUAUUAAUAAGUUUCUCUGGAUGGUUCGAAUCGGAGGUGGUGAAUUCCCUCACAUUAAGGAAGAGGAUUACCUUAGGGAUGGCAACUACCGUGUUGAUGCUCAGGGCACUCCAACCAUGCUGAAUUGCCUCAUGUACAAGCUUUGUUAUUACAGAUUUGUUGAGACUGAUGGUAAGGGAUUUGAUAGAGCGAGAAGAUAUGAAAUAGGAAGGAAACAUUUUAAACUGACCCAUUUUGAGGAGGUUUUUACAACCCACCACUGGAUGGUUAGGAUUUACAAACUGAAACCGCAAAAGAACAGGAUCCGAGGAAAAUUGAAACUGAAAUCCAGUUCAAAAGCAAGCUCAAUGCGCAAAGGUGCUGGCAAGAAGAACCCAUGGCAAUAGUCGAAUAGAGAUCAACAUAGACGGUGUUGCGGUUAACAGUAGCUCACUCUUACGUCUGAAAAACCACACAAACUCACUAUUCGGCUUGCCCAACGUACCAAACUUUUUCGAGAAUACACUCGCGAUCUGUGCCAAUGAAACUUGUUUAUAGGUUCUGUAGUGCAAGGAUGAGAGUUUUAUCCCAGCUGUAGGAGAUUCCAUUUGCUGUCUAGCUAUUGAGUGAGGACCACAUGAUCAAUAGAAAUUUAGAAUGAUGUCCACGAGUAAAGCAUUGAAGAAAGUUGAACAACUUACGUGCUGUAUUUACGUACUGAGGUUCACCAGUGCAUGUUACUAGCUCGAUAUAUAUUUCAGUUUGCCGUA